AUGGCAUCCUUAUCGAAGUGGCGCAAGAUUCCAAUUACUCCGGCAGAAAUUUGCAUAGAUACCAUCUUACGUUGUGGCCAAUCGUUUCGAUGGGUUAAGACGGAGGAUAACGAGUGGAACUGUGUACUUAGGGGAAGAAUUGUAUCUCUUAAGCAAGACGAAACGCAUCUAUAUUAUCGAGCGACUUGGCCCAGACCCUCAUCUGUUGAUUGUGUGCCUUCUGCUGAUAUAUUUACCAAAGAGGAAUCCUCCGUUGAAGAAGACGGUACCAGAGCCCUCCUUGAAAAUUAUUUAAACCUGAAGCCAAAACUCACAGCUCUCUACGAAAAAUGGUCCUCAGCAGAUUCUAAUUUCAAAGAAAAAGCUCCAAGAGCUUCUGGAGUACGUUUAUUGAAACAGGAUGCAUGGGAGGCGCUUGUGGGAUUCAUCUGUAGCAGCAAUAACAAUAUCAUUCGGAUCUCAAAAAUGAUAAGGAGCCUUUGUUCUCAUUAUGGCCCAUUGAUUGGUCACAUCGGAGAUCGGGAAUUCCAUGAUUUUCCAACUCCUGAGACACUAGCAAAAACAGAUGUGGAAUCAAAAUUGAAGGCUCUAGGAUUUGGAUAUCGUGCAAAAUACAUUGUUAAAACUGCGAUAGUAUUAUCAAAAGAAAAGCCUCCAGGAUGGCUUGAAAGUUUAGGCAACCAAGACCCAUGUUUUGACGACAAUAAUAAUAAUAACCCUUUUCCUCCAACCGGCAGGGAGAAUUACCGCUACGCCCACGAUCAACUAUUACAAUUAGUGGGGGUUGGGCCAAAGGUAGCAGACUGUGUUUGUUUGAUGGGCCUUGGCUGGGAUGAAGCUAUUCCUGUUGAUACACACGUCUGGCAGAUUGCUCAGCGCGAUUAUAAAUUUGGAAAAGGUAAACACAAGACCCUUUCCAAAUCCACCUAUGACGCUAUAGGAAAUCAUUUCCGGCAGCUGUGGGGAGGCCAAGCAGGCUGGGCACAUUCGGUCCUCUUCACAGCUGAUUUAAGGGUUUUUUCAGGGAAACCUCUCGAGGAGCUAAAUUUUCACAUAAUCACAAAGAGACCUUCGGAGGAGGAAGUAGAGCAGUUAAAGAAAGUUCCAAAGAUGUUACUGAAACGUGAAAAUUCAGAAGAUAAAGAUACGGACAGAAAUAUAGAAAAUGAUGGAGAUUCAAGUCAGAUCAUAUCAAUUCCUCAAUUAGCAGCAACCAAAUCCAGCAUUCCCUAA